AUGUCAGUUUAUCAAGAUAGCUUCAACAAGUACACUUACCAGUCUCCAAUGAAGUCAACCACUUCUAAAUUGCCUGAGGAUAGAGAAUAUUCAGAUACUAGGUAUCAAGAAUCACCUGGCACUAAAUUGCUUAAGUAUGUGAAGAGUGAAUAUUUCGGCUAGAAAACUGAGCCUGUGAAAGAAUUUGUAGUUAAAAUGCUUGAGGAAAACGAAAAAUUAUCAAAGGAAAAUUAUGAUCUUCAUAAAUCCAAUACUUAGUUUGAGGAAUUCUUAAGAAAUAAUGAGAUGGAAACUUUGAAUAAAGACAACUUUGUAGGUUAUAGAGGUUAAGAAAUUUCAUAAUAUGACUGCAGGAUGCUACAAAUGGAAUCAGAAGAAGUAAGAGCUGCAAGAAUAGAGAAGAUGCUGGACAGAGAUACCUAGGAUUUAGUGGAAUAUGUUAAAUGGAUCACAAAUGACCUUGGAUUACUUAGAGAUAGAGUUAGGAUAGCAGAGAAGAUCAUUAAUGAUUUGAGAAAGAGUGGAGAAGAAAGUGUUGAAUCUCUUUUAAAUAAUCUUUACACUUAGAAGAAGAGACAAGAGGAGGUUGAGCAGGAGGCAGAUAACUUGAGGGAUGUUAUUAACACUAAGGAAUAUGAAAUCUCGAUCAAAGAGGAAGAAGUGAAUAAACUUAAACGUUUAAUUGAACUAGAGACAAGUGAGAAGGAGACAGAGAUUAAGCGCAUAAGACAUGACAUUGAUGAACAAUAAAAAGUACUAGAUAACUAAAGAAAGAUCAUCUAGGAAUUACAAAUUCUUAAUGACUUUACUCAGCAAGAUAUGAUCAAAGUUUCAAAGGAUCUUCAGAAGCGUAAUUAGGAGAAGACUGAUCUUUAACUUAGGUAUUACGAUCAGGAUCAAGAAACUACCAACCUCAAGUUUAAAUAAAAUACUUUAGAGGAGUAAUUACAUAGCAUGAAAAGCUAAUAUUUAAACACUUAAGGUAUUAAUCCAUAGUCGAUGCUAAAUAAAAAUGCAUCAGAAAAAUAAUCUCCAAGGUCUGGUAAAAAGGAACAUGGUAGAAGUAGAUCUCAACUAGCUGUUUUCUAUGUGCAAUGA